UAAAGGGAAGUAGCUAACAAGCUAGCCAUAGCGGAUGGCAAUUCAACUUUCUGUUAAGCGAUCGUUGCCGUGAAGUAUGAUUUUUAAAGCCCGCUCAGGGCAAAGAUGCAAUGGAGGUCGAUAGUUGUUGGUCUUCUCGUGUUGAGACUGGCUGUCAGCUGUGUUCUAUGGCUUGCGUUUGGGUUGGGACCUAGCUGGGGGUUCAACUUCCCCAUUAAAUUCAAUUUCAAUUUGCACAAAUUAGAGCUCUUCAGAGACAACCAAGGGGCCAACGCAAGGACUAAUGCGUGGUUAAACCAAUUACAUAGGAAUGGAAAUUCACACCACAGUACCUGCUCCAAGAGUAGUGGAGGCGCCCCUAAGAAGUCUUAUCUCAGUCUCCUGGAGGAUGGUAGGGAUGAAUACGCGAGGAAAUACAGCACUUUCCCCGAAAAUCUGAAAUCGAAGAUGAGGGGCAUGGCCAAAGAAAUGUUUUAUUUCGGAUAUGACAACUACAUGAAAUACGCGUUUCCAGAGGACGAGCUUAACCCCAUUGACUGUCAAGGAAGAGGCCCAGACGUUCUCAACCCGUCAAACAUCAACAUCAAUGAUGUCUUGGGAAACUAUUCUCUGACCCUUAUUGACACCCUUGAUACACUCUUGGUGCUGGGUAACGUGUCAGAGUUCCACAGAGCUGUGAAGCUGGUGAUUGACACUGUAUCAUUUGAUAAAGACUCCACAGUUCAAGUUUUUGAGGCCAAUAUCAGGAUCCUGGGCAGCCUCAUUUCUGCUCACAUCCUCCUGACCGACUCAAAGCAGCCCUUUGGCAAUGUAGGCCUGGAGGACUAUGACGAUGAGCUCCUGCACCUUGCGCAUGACCUAGCAGUUCGGCUCCUGCCUGCAUUCGAGAACACCAGUACCGGCAUCCCCUACCCCAGGGUAAACCUGAAGAGUGGUGUUCCCCCAGACAGCAUAAACGAGACCUGCACGGCUGGUGCUGGGUCCCUGCUGGUGGAGUUUGGCAUUCUGAGCCGUCUGAUUGGAGACUCUACGUUUGAGUGGGUGGCCAGACGGGCGGUCAGGGCCCUGUGGAACUUAAGGAGCAAUGAAACCGGCCUGUUAGGAAAUGUGGUGAACAUCCAGACUGGCCAGUGGGUUGGCAAGCAGAGUGGACUGGGGGCUGGAAUGGACUCCUUCUACGAAUACCUGCUGAAAUCUUACAUCCUGUUCGGAGAAAAGGAAGACUACACAAUGUUCAAAGCUGCCUAUGAGAGCAUUCAGAAUCACCUCAGGAGAGGGAGAGAAGAAUGUAACGAAGGUGAAGGGGAUCCUCCACUGUAUGUCAAUGUGAACAUGUUCAAUGGCCAAAUCAUGAACACUUGGAUCGACUCCCUACAGGCCUUCUUCCCUGGACUUCAGGUGCUGAAUGGAGAUGUGGAGAACGCCAUUUGCCUGCAUGCCUUUUACUAUGCCAUCUGGAAGCGUUUUGGAGCACUCCCUGAGAGGUAUAACUGGCAGCUGCAGGCACCAGACGUCCUCUUCUACCCCCUGAGACCCGAACUGGUGGAAUCGACAUACCUGCUCUACCAGGCAACCAAGAACCCCUUUUAUUUGCAUGUAGGAAUGGACAUCCUUGAAAGCCUUGAAAAAUAUACCAAAGUCAGGUGUGGGUAUGCCACCCUCCAUCAUGUGGUGGACAAGUCCAAAGAAGACCGCAUGGAGAGCUUCUUCCUCAGUGAGACCUGUAAAUACCUUUAUUUGCUGUUCGAUGAGGACAACCCCUUGCACAAGUCUGAGAAUAAGUACAUAUUCACUACAGAGGGCCAUGUGGUGCCCAUAGACAAGCGCUUCCGUGAGAAGCAGUGGAAGGAUAUGAUGCCCUGUGAGGAGGGCACGCCUUCGGACCAGGAUAAAACCAGUGUGCCUCCCACCAACACCAGCAAUUGUGACAGGAUCCCAGACGAGAGACGUUAUGCCCUGCCUCUGAAAAGUGUUUACAUGAGACAAAUCGAUCAAAUGGUGGGACUGCUCUGAGUGCCACGGCCCCCCUGUAGACUUCUGACCAGGUUUGGAGGGUGGGGCCUGGGAGUAGGGGGUGGACCUGGCCCCUCCCCCACACUCCCACCUCUGUAGCAGCAGGAGAGUCAUGGGCUCUGCCCGUCAGGCCUUCCUGGAACAGAGGGUCAUCGGAGGUAUUCAAUAACACGGAUUUCCAAUACUGAGAACAAAUGCUUCUGUUAGGGUAUUAUUAUUAUUAUUUUUUUUGGAGUUUGAGGUAUUUUAAGCCAAUUAUACCGGUCGCUCUUCCAGAUUGCUCAGUCAAUAUGCUUGUUUCUGCAUUUUGCAGUAUAGCUUUUAUUUUGGACAUUGGUUUUUGAUUUUUUUCUUCAGUCAAAGGGGAGGUGUGUUUGUUUUCCUGGAAUCUUACACAACAGCAUUCUCAGAGUGUGACCUUCAGUGUUCAAGGCUGUUAAGACAUGUGUUCAGGGCUGGAUGAGGUAUUCUGGGUGUUCGGAGUUUGGUUAAGGGAUGCAGAUGUUUUAAGUGUUUAAGAUUUAAAUUUUGGUUGGUAAGAUGAUACAUUAUAAAGCUCCUCAUGUAUUUGGAGUGAGACAGGGAUUAUCUUACAUUCGAGAGCUGGUUGUCACAAAUGUAGCUGAAAAAGUACAAGAACUCCUCCUGCUUCACAGAACUGUCACAUUACAUUGCAUGGUGUUUAUGGAUUCAGAAUAAAAACAGGUCAUAAAUUAAAGGGCAGUAAAAGAUGAAGCCUUACUUUAAAAACUUGUGUCACAAAAUCAUCAGACGAAGUAUAACAAAUUUCCAUUUAUUUUUAUCUGAAUGUGACUUUUUAUGGACCGUUUUAAGAAUAAUGCAAGAAUAAUAACUCUCAGUCCAAAGAUGUUCCAGCAACACCAAUAUUCAUUAGAGCUGGACUGAAAUCAUAAAUGGAAAUAAAUUUUAAUGAUCAAAUUGUGUUAUUUGUUCUGUUAAAGUUGAAUUGUGUGCUAUUAUGAGAGAAAUAGGAGGCUAGUUCAAUGCACAACAAGUGUGAUUUAAGCACAGUCCUCACUAAUGACAAACCUUACCCUGAGUAAAGCUGCUUUGAAUCAAGUCCAUGUAUAAACCAGCCUUUUAAUUGUGCCUGGAGCUGUUCCUGAAAAUAAAUGAAUAAAAAUUUAUAUGAUCAUCCAUACUACAUGAUAAUCUGUAGGCAUAGCAUUGCCACUGGAACUUGUGUUCUGUUUUCCAAAGAUUAUUGAGCUUGUAUUUAUUUUCAUGAACAGACCAUGAACAGGUCCUCUUUUCUUAUGGGCUGCCAUUUUAUCACAGAGCUGUUACUCUAGUGCCUUUCUGUGAUGCAUAGUACCACAUAGGGAGGCAGGGGGUUCCAUUUUUAAGUGGAAGUGGUCAGUACUGCUUUGUCUUCCAAGUUGUCUAGGGUUUAAAGUUACACGUUUGCCAACACAAUUCAUUCUGCUGUUCACAGCACAGUAUUCUGUUUGAAUGAAAUGUCUCUUCUUUUUUGACUGUUGCACUGUCUACCAGAUUGGCAUCAUUGCCGUCCAGGAAGCAAAAUCAAAAAAGCAAUUGUGCUGCGGUUAAUGUCUGACUGUUCAUUUCAGGGGCUGGAUCAGAUGGCUUGUUCUGUGCCAUUAGUUUUUUAGCUUUAUAUGUAACACCUUGCAAUGUUUGGUGACUUGGAGUUUUUUCUUUAAUGUAGCGACAGUCAAAUAGUGCACAAGGUGACUCAUUGUGUUAUAAUGUGGAUUCUAGCAUCUGCACUGAAUAAGUUGUGCUCUUCAUAAACUUAUAGCCCCACAGCUUUAAGAGCAAAGAGAAAGUUGUUUCCAUGGACAAGGAGAUCAUUUAAUUUCAAAUACCAGAAUAGCCAUAUGCUUUUUUUUUUCUUUUUUUCAAAAAGGUACUUCAUGUUCAUAUUUAUGGCUUUUGGGGUUGCAUGUCUCUGACAUUAGCAUUAGCCUGUUAACUUCUUAAGAAGCUCCUCCAAAACAAUGUGACUAAUCUUUCUAUAAAAUAAUUGGCAAAGGAUGUGUAUGCAUAAGGCCUUACUUUUAUGCUAAUAGGAAUGACAAUAUUGUUUGAGUCUAUGAGUAUGGACUCUGUAAAAUACAUUAUGUAAUGCAUAGACAACUUUUCCAUAAGCAGUGGUGCUAACCAGAAACCAUUUUAGAUUAGGGAAAAAGAAACUCAGGGAUUGACUAACUGUCAACAAGUUGCUCUUCUGUUGUACUUGAGCAGAUUGUUAUUGACUUGCUGGUUGCCUUCAUUGUCUUGGGCCUGUCUCUUGUGUUCAUCUUUUAGCUGUGUUCAAUAUUCAGAGUCAAUUCCACUUGCUUAAAAAGAUUCCUCAAAUGUCUUUUCUCUGUAGGUCUGACAUGUUAUAGGAUGGUAUAGCAUUAUAGGUUAUCCGCAUGUAAGGCAUAUGUUAUGUUAAUAUUCUUCAGGUGUAUUCUUAUGGUGGUGUGUAUGCAUGUUGUGGGGCCGGGUAGUGCCUCUGAAUUCAGUUCACACUUUGGGUGUACUUUUGCAACUGGACCAUGAUAGGACCAGGCUGAUGAGAUGCUAUACAAAAUGCACGUCUGGUUUUUGUUAUGGUCUUAGUGCCAAAAUGCACCCUUGGUUCUAUGACUAAUGAAACAAUUUAGUCUUUUCCCUGUUGGUGAGCUGUAGCUUUUUUGGGUUACAAUUCCCUUCUGGGUUAAGGGUGACUGGUAGUAAGGAAUUAUGUGGUAUAGAUGUCAAUGUUUAACACUCACUGUGGGUUUUUUUUUUUUGGGGGGGGAUUGGGUGCGAUGUCCAGGUGAGGUCCACACGUGAGACUGGGUGUGCGGGUGCACAUGUGCUUCUGAUGGCCAGGAGCCAUAUGUGUGAGCGGAAUAUUGAGGUAGCAGCAUUUCUGUGGAGUUCAACUCCACACCUCAAGGUUCUCAGUCCUUAAUGCUGCCUGCCUCUGCUUUUAAAGAAAAUGUCGGCAGCAGGGACAACUGUUAAACACAACAUCCAGGGGAUAAUUAAUGAACUGAGGGUUUUUUGGGGGGGCGGUCCUGGGGGGUCUAAACCUGUGAUAUUCAAAAUGUCAAUCCAUCUUGAAAAUGCAUUUGUUUGGGUAUGAAUCAGUUUUAAGGAUUUUUUUCCCUGGAAUAUAUUUGCCUUCACCUGCUCUGAACUCAAGAAAGCAAUCAUUUUUUAUUGAUGUACCUGUAACAACCCAUGAGACUGUGAGAUGUAUUCACAAUGCAUGAAGAGCUGGUGCUUUUCUCACCAGUGUAAAACUGCAGGUGGUAUCACCUCACUUCACCAAAUGUGCCAUUCCCAGAUGAGAGAAUCUUUACAGAAUGAAUGUUUUUUUU